CGUUGGGACGUGAGGCGACGACUUAUUUGCCCCAACGCCUCGCGCGGGGAGACAAGUCUUCUUUGUGGCAAUCUCAUUGCCAUUUAAUGGCGGACGGUCGCCAUCUCUUCUUCGUCACCGACGAUCUAUCGACCCACUUGUCCGCUCCGGCCUCCUCCUGGUACUCUCCCUCCGCUUCCCGUACCCCCACUGCUGUCCCGGACUCCUUCGUCCCCGUCUUCUCGUCCGGCCCCUCGUUCCGAGACCCAGACUCCGACUCUAGCUCCGGCCAUUCCGACUACUCUGACGACGACCAUUCCAUCCUCUCCCUUGACCUCUUCCGCCGCCGCCGCCUUCGCCACCAGAAACCGUCCUUCGUCUCCGGCACUGCCAUGGACCACCACUUCCCGGAGCCCUUCGGUUCCCCCGUCUUUAGGGUUUCUGAGGGACCCGAGGAGAUCGGCACCCCUGCCUGCCUCGGCGUUGGGCUUAGGCCACGGUUCGACAGGGAGGAAGAUGACGACAACGCUCCGGAGGAUGCAGACAGGGAGGUGGUUGUUCCGGAUUGGGCAACGGACGACUUCUUCGUCGGGAGGAGGAGCUCCCCUUCCGAUUCGAUCGAGUUCUCGAGGGCUCGGCCAAUGGAUUCCUGGGAUCUUAGGGUUGCCGGAUUCGACUCUGAUUCAGAUUCGGAUGAGCAGAUCGUGACGAUGGGCAAUGAACAGAUUGUUGCGAUCGGCAUGAAUUCCGAUGACGGCGAGGAACGGUACAGGAUCUCCGACGAUUUAGGUCUCCCUUUCUGUUGGGAAGGCCUCCAACUGGGUGACGACCGGAGGGAUGACAACGAGGGGUUCGAGUGGGAGGAGAUCGAUCGUCAGGACGAAGAAAGGGAUGUUCUUGGUAUUAUGGUUCUUGGCAAUGAGGGGAGAUCUGAUGAGAUUAGACGAUACAGUGAUGAUCAAGUUGAGCAUGAGCAUGAAGGAUUGGUCAGAAACGUUGAUUGGGAGGUCCUUUUGGCCGUGAACAAUUUGGGAAGGAUCCCUUUGGAUCCUGAUGAUGUCGAACCCUAUUUUGAGGAUCAAGACGGCCUUGUCUAUACAUCUGAUUACGAGUCCUUCGAGGUCUUGUUCACGCAAUUCAGCGAGCAGGAUAGCAAUCCCAAGGGUAGCCCUCCAGCGGCGAAGUCCGUGGUCGAGAACCUCCCAUCUGUUGUCUUGAUGAAAGAAGACACUGCUGAUGUUGAUGCAGUUUGUGCGGUUUGUAAGGAUGGGAUUCUGAAUGAGGAAAGAGUUAAGAGGCUGCCGUGUUUCCACCAUUAUCACGAGGAAUGCAUCUUGCCAUGGCUGGGGAUCCGCAACACCUGCCCCCUCUGUAGAUUCGAGUUGCCGACAGACGAUCCUGAAUACGAGAAGCAGAAGGCAAGGAGGGAAGAUGCGAGUGUUAUCCUGCAUAAUGAAGCUCAGCUCAGCACCAAAGAUGACGCGGCAAAUUGCAGAGCUUCCUUCACCUCCUGCUGCCCUGCUUGUUUGAUCGCCCUUCGUUCAUAGCGCGCAUGAGCACCACCAUCUCUCUCGACGCGUGAGCGUCCGCCACAUGCUUGCGUGUCUGCUCCGACCCACAUUCAUGGAAGAAGGCACCGAAAGAUGGUAACAGACACUUGCCGCCGACCUGCUUGUGAACCUUAACCUUCGUCGGCCAAUCCUAUCAGGCUGCUGCACGGACAAAUCAAAGGUGUAAGUUCACAGCUGAUGAGGUAAUCAUUCCAAGAUCUAUAGCUACGUAUACAUGCUACUGGAGUUCUUUUUCCCGUCAUAUGUCUUUCUGCUUCAAUUUUUGCUAUGUAUAACUUGAUCUCCUUUUCUUUUACCCGUCAUAGCAUGUUAUAAUUUAUUGACUAGUUUUAUGUUAAGACGAAGCUACUUUUCCUUCG